AUAUUUGUCAUUUAUUAACAACGGGAUACCUGCAUGCUAUCUCGCCGGUAAAACGGUUGAACGCUACGUGCCCAGCCUGACCAACAAUGGCCUCCUCCGAAGAACCCAAAGCUAAGAAACCUAAAAUUUCUGCACAUGAGGAGACGGACUGUGCACCCAAAACAUCUCCUGUCAAACUAAGCUCGCUCAUCAAGUCUCGAGCACCUGCACAGACUGACAGAGAGAUGUCUGUAUUGAGCCCUAAUUCACUGUUCGGGAUGGGAAAUCCCUUGCUUGACAUUUGUGCCGUGGUGGACAAAGACUUCUUGGACAAAUACACACUCAAGCCAAAUGACCAGAUCCUGGCUGAGGACAAGCACAAAGCACUAUUUGACGAGAUAGUGAACAAGUUCAAAGCGGAAUACCACGCUGGGGGAGCCACACAGAACUCCAUCAAGAUUGCUCAGUGGAUGAUCCAGGAGCCUCACAACGUGGGCACUUUCUUCGGAUGCAUCGGCAAAGACAAGUUUGGGGAGAUCCUGAAGCAGAAGGCAGAGGAGGCCCACAUCGAUGCCCACUAUUACGAGCAAGACAAGGAACCCACGGGUUCGUGUGCAGCGUGCGCCACCGGAGCGAACCGGUCACUGGUGGCUAACCUGGCUGCCGCUAAUUGUUAUGAGAAGGAGAAACAUCUGGACCUUGAAGAAAAUUGGAAGUUGGUGGAAAAGGCUAAAGUUUACUAUAUUGCCGGUUUCUUUGUCACAGUGUCUUUGGAGUCCAUGCUGAAAGUGGCCAAGCACGCGUCGGAAAAUAACAAACUGUUCUGCCUCAACCUGUCGGCACCCUUCAUCUGUCAGUUUUUUAAGGACCAUCUCAUGCAGCUCUUGCCUUACGUGGAUGUGCUCUUUGGCAAUGAGACGGAGGCAGCCGCAUUCGCGAAAGAGCAAGCUUUUGAGAUCAAAGACAUUAAGGAGAUUGCCAAGAAAAUGCAGGCCCUGCCCAAAAUCAACACCAAGCGACAAAGGAUUGUUGUCUUGACUCAGGGGACGGAUGAAACUGUGAUGGCUCUCAGUGAUAAAAUUGAGACCUUUCCAGUGAUGGCAAUUGAUCCCAAAGACCUCGUGGACACAAACGGUGCUGGUGACGCCUUUGUAGGAGGUUUCCUGUCUGGGCUGGUCCGAGAAAAAACACUGGACCAAUGCGUGAGAGCAGCUCACUAUGCUGCCAACGUCAUCAUUAGAAGAUUGGGUUGCACGUUCCCUGAAAAGCCAGACUUUGUUUGAUGUGUUUUUAUUUUUGUUCUGUUCCACCCCAAAAAUGUCCAUCGUUGAACACAAACAUGUCACCCGGAAUGCUUUUUAUCCCGGUUUUCCCCAUCCAUCAGAUAUAUUUUUUUAACCUACCAUCCGACUUCUUUUUAAUUGUUACCUUUGUGCCACCUCACAUGAGUAUGUAUUCUUUUUUCCACCUGGUUGCGCUGCAGGGACUAUUAAUAAGGAUUUGUCAGUCAUUCAGAUGCAAGAUCAGCAAAUCAAAGAAUUAAUUUGUGUGUGAUCCAUUAGGCCAGUUAAGGACAGGACAAAGUUUUUUUUUGUUUUGUUUUGUUUUGUUUUUCAAAUGCAUGAUUAGUAGGUGUCAAAGCCACUAGCCACAGGAAGCAGAACUGUGACACUCAACUUUGUGCAAAUAAUGAGUGCCUUUUAUUCUUUGUUGCAAACGUUUAAAGACUUGAAGCCACUUUUGUCAUCAGUAUGCAAAGUAAUAGUGCACAUAUGCUAUUACUAUUGGAACCUAAGACCAACAAUCAAAGGAUAAUUGUGGCAGUGGCCAUUGUAAUUGUGUAUUUAAUUUUUUUUUUUUACCCAUUUUCCAAGUACCUCAAGACUUGGCUUUGUUUAAUUCGACAUAAAUACACGUUUAUCACAUUGGGAUAAGAUUUGAUAUUCAUCUCUUUCUCUUUGAUUUGGAUCAAUCAAUACUUGAAUACACGUGACAAUUUUUGAUGAUGCACAAUGGUAUUUUCUUCCUUUUAUUGUAAUUGUUUUAAAAUCUUGGAUGUACAAUCCCGUUCCAUUCUUUUCCGCAAUAUGUGCUCAAACAAGAGGCCUCAAGUGACCCUUUUGUCUGGUUGUUGCCAGACUUUGUCUAGCCUGGACAAAUACAAUGAAAACAAAACAAAA